GCCCAAUGGGCGCGGCGGAACGCGCGGAGAAGGCGCGCGCGCGCGGGCACCGCCCCCCUUUGCGGAGCGCGCGGCGCGGCGCGGACCGGCCCUGCUGCUGCUCUGAGCGACCAUGGCGCUGCUCAGCAGUUGACGUUUGGCUUCUCCCCUCUCCACCUUCUCCUCUUUCUCCGGCCCCUUCCUUCCCCCUGCCCGGGUCCCGGCUCAGGCACGUAGACGGCCGGUACCGGCGACACCGGGUCCCUCCCUGCCCCUCAGAAACAGGCAGUAGGAGUCGGGCCGGGCGGCCGCCGGACGCGCCAUGAACAUCAUCAUCGGCAUCGGCGGGGUCACCAACGGCGGCAAGACCACCCUGACCCGCCGGCUGAUGCGGGCCCUGCCCAACUGCAGCGUGGUGCACCAGGAUGACUUCUUCAAGCCCCAAGAUGAAAUAGAAGUUGAAGAUGGGUUUAAACAGUAUGAUGUGAUAAGUGCAUUAGAUAUGGAAGCUAUGAUGAGUACCAUAAAUGCUUGGAUAAAAAACCCUGUCAAGUUUGAACGUUCUCAUGGGAUCAACAACACACUGGAUGCCCAGAUCUUGGAAGAUAAGGAGGGAGGAGAUGAAACAAUCCACAUUCUUAUUGUUGAAGGCUUCCUACUUUACACCUACAGGCCAUUGAUUGAUGUUUUCCACCAUCGGUACUUUCUUUCCAUUCCAUAUGAAGAGUGUAAAAGGAGAAGAAGUUCAAGGAAUUACACUGUACCGGAUCCACCUGGAUUGUUUGAUGGCCACGUUUGGCCUAUGUAUGUAAAGCACAGGAAGAUAAUGGAAGAACUUGGAGUUGAUGUGGUGCAUUUGGAUGGGACAAAAUCAAAGGAGGAGCUGUUUAAUGAAGUGUAUGGGCAGAUCCAGAAUAAGAUUGAAGAAUUGCUUAACACCCAGAAAUAAGCUGCUGCUGCUGAUUCUUGUGAAUGAAGAUGAUUCCUGUUUGCUCCAUGCUGUCUACCUGACUGCCUCUAAAGUUCCAGCUUCUGUGAAGACUCAACUCUCAAACUCAACUUUGUUCAACCUUUCCCUUGAAAACGGAGUUCUAUAUGGUCAUAAUUAAAAAGCAUUUCCCCCUUG